CUGCAGGCCAGCCGGAACUUAAACCUCCAGAUUAUGAUCUCCAAAAACCUUCACUGUCUGGAUAAGAUCCAUCCUGAUGAUCACAUAUCGACUGUUUCUCCCAUUAACUUUACGACUUCAGAAGGAGAAACAUUCACUGUAUGGAUGGAGUCGCUUCUAUACCAUACAUAUGGUUGCACCGUCUUUAACUCCAAGGGCGAGAUCGUGUAUCGGGUUGAUAACUACAACAAGAAGUGUAGCCAUGAAGUUCAUCUCAUGGAUCUGCGAGGAAACACUCUCUUUACUAUACGACGUCGGAAGAAGUUCCAUGCUUUUGGAUCAUGUUGGGAUGGUUAUAGAUGUAGCGGUUCUACGAUAAUAAACAAGCUGGAAAAGCCGUGGUUUAAAGUUAAAAGGUAUUGCAGAAUGCUCAUGGGAGAUGUAGCUUGUCGAAUUACUGUGGGGUAUGAUAAAUAUGAUAAGUAUUGGAUUGUUAGAAUAUUGGGUGCAGGCAAAGCAGCAUUUAGGAUAGUAGACGUGGAUGGGGGCGUUGUUGCUGAGGCAAAGCCAAAGCAUUCAGGUUCGGGAGUGGUGCUGGGAGAUGAUGUAUUGACUUUGGAGGUGGUGCCUUAUAUUGAUCAUUCCCUUAUCCUAGCUCUUGUGAUAGUGUAUGGAUUAAUUAGAGGUAGACUGUAAAUUAACAAUCUUG